CCAAAAAAAAAAAAAGUCUCCGGUGUGCUCUCCGACGUCGUCCGUCCUUACCCUUUUCUCCUCGUCUGAUUACGUGCCGCCAAAAAUGUCUCUCGCGUCGGACGCCACCGUGCCAACUGUUUCCACGGUCACCGUAUCUUACUCGGAGCUCAAGCAGAGCAACAUAGAUUUGUCUGAGAGGAUUGUACAAGGAUUUGGACCUAACGGACUUGGAAUACUCUCGGUUAAAGAUGUUCCAGGGUAUCCAGCUUUACGAAAGAAUCUACUUCAGCUUGCACCUAGGUUAGCUGGUCUUCCUGAAGAGGUGAAGAGAGAGCUUGAAGAUGCUCAUAGUAGAUACAAUUUUGGUUGGAGUCAUGGCAAAGAGAAACUUGAAUCUGGGAAGCUUGACGUGUUGAAGGGUUCCUACUAUGCUAAUCCUCUACAAGAUGUACCAACAAGUAAUCCAUAUGAAAUACAGCGGUAUCCAUCAUAUUGUGGAUCAAACAUAUGGCCAAGGAAUUCUUUAUCGGAGCUCGAAGGAGCUUUCAAAGCUCUUGGUAGUCUGAUGUUCGAAGUUGGGCUUAUGGUAGCUUACCACUGUGAUCAAUAUGGGCUUGGAGGAGAUGGAGGUCAUGCGGGUAAGUGAAUUCGGGAGGCUUGAAAUCUCAAAAGCAGCAACGGAAAG